AUGGAGUUGGAUAUUCCUUUUCCGAUCCCUUCCACAGAUGACUUUUAUAAUGACCCUUGUUUUAAUACCAGCGACAUGCAAUUUUUUGAGGAUUUAGACCCUAGGUUGGUUCACGUGAGUCUUCUCAAACCGGAUGACCAUCAUACAAACGAAGACGAGCACAUUCGCGCACCGAGCGGGCACCACCAGGCUGGCAGGUGUCUACUGUGGGCAUGUAAAGCCUGUAAGAAAAAGACUACCAACGCGGACAGAAGAAAAGCCGCUACCAUGCGGGAACGGAGGCGACUUAGCAAGGUCAAUGAUGCAUUUGAGACGCUGAAGAGAUGUACUUCUACGAACCCUAACCAGCGAUUGCCGAAGGUGGAGAUCCUCCGCAAUGCAAUCAGUUACAUUGAGUCUCUACAGGCUUUACUAAGGGUCGGUCAAGAGGAGAACUACUGUCCAAUGCUGGAUCACUACAGCGGGGACUCAGACGCGUCUAGUCCACGGUCCAACUGCUCAGACGGCAUGAUGGACUUCAGUGGACCACCAAGCGUGUUUAGAAAGAGGAAUACUCCUGAAGGUUUCUUUAAUGAAACACCAAAUGAUUCCAGAAGCAACAAGAACUCCGUUAUUUCCAGCCUAGAUUGUUUGUCUAGCAUCGUGGAGCGAAUAACCACAGACUCCUCUACCUGCGCGCCGGACCUCGAAACUUCUGAGACCAGCUCCUGCUCUCCAUCAGAAGGGAAUGUACUGACCGAGACAUCGGUGCCUUCACAAACACCAACCGACUGUUUUACGGGCGCACAAGAUCCCAACUCCAUUUAUCAAGUGCUGUGA